AUGAUCAAAAGGAAUCCAAGUAUUAGGAAUCAAAGAUCCAAAGGUUUCAAGGUAAAACAUGUUCUGCAAGUUAUUCUGUUGCUUGGUGUCUGCUUCUGGUUGAUCUACCAGGUUAAGCACAAUCAUGACAAGAAGAAGGAAUUUGAUAAGAAUGAUCUGAGACUUCCAUCCAGAACUGAGCCGGAUCAGAUUCUGAAACUCGGUAGAAAGGAUCUUCUUCCAGGUAAGGUUGAAGUAGAUCAGCACGAAAAGCAUGAGGAAGAAGAGGAAGAUGAACAUGUUGAUGAUGUGGAAAAUAAACGUGAACACGAUGAACAUCAACAAGAAGGAGAAGACGGAAACAAACAUGAAACUGAAGAAAGUGAAGAGAAUGUGGAUGAAGGGAGAGAAGAACAUGGGGAAGAAGAAAACAAGCACGAGGCAGAAGAAGAACAUGAGGAAGAUGAAAGCAAAAGUGAAGAGAUUGAAGAUGAAGGAGGAGAUGCUGAGACAGAUGAAAAUGAUCAUGAUAAAUCAGAAGCAGAUAAUGAUCAUGAUAAAUCAGAAGCAGAUAAUGAUCAUGAUGAUGAGGUUGUAGACGACGAGAAAGAGAAAGAAGAUGGCGAUGAGAUAGAGAAUGAAGAGAAGGAGGAUGAGGAAAAGGGGGGUUUAGUUGAAAACCAGGAGAAUCAUGAAGCUCGGGAGGAACAUUACAAGGGCGAUGAUGCCUCUAGUGCUGUGACUCAUGACACUCACUCAACUAGCACUGAAACGGAAACGGUUAAUUUGGAGAAUGCUGAUUUAACCCUACAAAUGAAUAUCGGAAAACCAGAAAAUGAGACAACUUAUCACUCUGAUGAAAGUAACAGGAAUCAAAAUGAUUCGGAUUUGAAGGUUACCGAAGGUGAAGUGACAGAUGCAAUUUCUUCAAAUGCAACUGCCAGGAAAGAGGCUGGAAAUGACAGUUCUUCGGUGUCUGAUGAAACGGUGAAAACAAACACCGAUAGCCACUUGAAUGUAAGCAGUAAUCCGACAGCAGUGAUCACGGAAGCAAGCAGUAACUCGACAGGCACUGGCAAUGACGAGUCGAGUUCAUCCGAACAAAUUAAAACGGUGAUCCUAUCUGAGUCUGAUCAUGCUCAAAAUGUGACAGUUAAUGCAACAAUAACUGGAGAUAUAAAGCAAGCAGAGGGAUUAGAGCAGAGUGGCAAUAAAACUUCUGAAGGAAACCUGCCUGAUAAUGAUGCAACAGUCUCUGCUAAACCGGAAAAUCGAGAUGCAGCUUCGCAAGAAUCUUCUACUCUAGGGGAUAAUGCAUUAGAGAAGACAGAAGGAUCUGUAGCCUCAAAUGUGACUGAAAACAUUUCUAGUAGUUUGGAUAGAAACGUGAGCUCUAAUACUACUGAGAGUGACAAAUCCAAAGGUAGCACGGAAUCUAGUGAAGCAAAUGAAACUCAGAAUGUUGAUGUCACCGAGGAUGAGAUGUUCAAGGGUGAUAAUCAAACAAGUGAAAGUGAUGAAAAAUCAGACUCUUCCUCUGUCACUGAUGUUUUAGAUUCAGUUGUGCACGAUGCAUUUGAUUCUGCUGAUACACAUAGCAUGCACGAGGAUAUGGAAAAGGCUCGAACUGAUCUUGAUACGUUGCCGGAUAUUAUAAAUGAAGGAAAUGAAAGCGAUGAAAAUGCAGCAGAAUGAAUUUAGAAGAUGAUCAUUGGUUUGUUGAAAAGAGGUUUAUAUGACAGGUCCAUCAACCUAGUUAUAGAACCUUUUGCUUGACUCAAAAAUGUGUCAAGACAAGAUCCUCAAAGGUACAUAAGUUGUGGAAAUUUUUAUGAUUAUGUCUGGGUCUGGAUAUAUGUAUAAUUUAUUUUUAUCUUCCACUUUAUGCUACUAUUGCUUCCUUUAGUUUUAUGCUAAAUCCUUAUUCUUUGCUA